GGUUCAUUACAAGUUCAUCUGUUCAGCGCGCACGUUGGAGAACUCUAUCGUGACCGGGAACGAGACAUCGAAGAGUAAAAGCAUCUGCAUCCGGACUUGAGACAGGUUUUUAACUGCAGCAGGAAGACCUCCCACUUUGAUUACGGAUUAUUGAACAUAGCAAUCAGUCAGGAUGCUGUCUACGGCGAUUGGACUUGGACUCCUCUUGUGCAUCUUGCCCCAGCUGGUCAUCAGCCAGAGCAGUUGCGUCACUGCGGCCCAAGGAGCCGGUCAGUGCAUCCGAUACCAGGAGUGCCCCUUCGUGCAGAAGAUCAUCGGGCUCUACGGACGAGAUAUUCCACGGAAAAUCCACAACCAAAUCAGUCAGAUGCAGUGCAGGAGCACCACAAACACAAGGGACUUCCAUCUUUGCUGCCCCAACGAGGCGUCUCCUCAGUCCUCCUCAUACAAUCAACCCUCCCAGACGAAGGUGAUCCGAUCGCAGGGUGGAAAUCUGAACCGGUACGAUCGCCAGGGUCUGCAGCUGCUGAACUCGGUGACCAACUGCGGCAACAAGGGCAACCCCAAGGUCAGCGGUGGCAAGACGGCCAAGCCGGGCGACUUUCCCUGGGUGGCCCUGCUCAAGUACCAGAUCAACGAUCCGCGUCCCUUCCGCUGCGGCGGCAGCCUCAUCAGCGAGCGCCACAUCCUGACCGCCGCCCACUGCAUCAUCAAUCAGCCCGAAGUAAUCGCAGUGCGCCUGGGCGAACAUGACCUGGAUUCGGAGGAGGACUGCCACUAUUUGGGCGGCACAAACCGCGUGUGCAUUCCGCCCUACGAGGAGUACGGCAUUGAGCAUAUUAGUGUGCAUCCCAACUACGUGCACGGCAAGAUCAGCCAUGACGUGGCCAUCAUCAAGCUGGAUCGCGUGGUCAAGGAGAAAUCUCACAUCAAGCCCGUCUGCCUGCCCAUCGACCAGAAGUCCCAGGCGCUGGACUUCGAUCAGAGCUUCUUUGUCGCCGGCUGGGGCGGCACCGAGAAGGAGACCAUCGCCACCAAGCUCCAGCAGGCAUUGAUCACCAGGAAGAGUCUGGACGAGUGCCGGCAGUACUACAACAAGGGUGAGGUGACUGACAACCACAUCUGUGCCACGGGUACCGGCAUCAAGCACACCUGCCAGGGAGAUUCCGGCGGCCCAGUGUUCUUCAAGCACCGAUUCAAGAACACCUACCGUGUAGUCCAGUACGGCGUGGUCUCCUACGGCGGACGGCUGUGCGGUCAGAACCAGAACCAGCCAGGUGUCUUCGCCAGCGUCAUCGACAUGCUGCCCUGGAUCACGCAGAACCUUCAGUAGUGCCACCCCACGAUACUCUUCUUCCUCAAGACACCAACUUAUUUAUAUCCGUAGUCUUAAGCGUUCUUGCCACAGGAAUAUCUAGCUUUGUAAAUUAUUUUAAUAAAUAAUAUUAGCAGCAAUA